AUCGGGCUCCGGUUUAGGCUAAGAAGCACUGAGGCCAGGGACACAGCCGUUCCUGCUCACCGUUGCAGUCUGUCACCUGAGGCAGUUUUCCCCGUCUCAGAGGUCUGCCAACGGCCACUCUCACGCCAUGACCCUGGAGCUCUACCUGGACCUGAUGUCCCAGCCCUGCCGCGCUGUCUACAUCUUCGCCAAGAAGAACGGCAUCCCCUUCCAGCUGCGUACCAUAGAGUUGCUUAAAGGCGAGCACUACUCCGACGACUUCGCCCAGGUGAACCCCCUGAGGAAGGUGCCAGCUUUGAAGGAUGGGGACUUCAUCUUGGCAGAGAGUGUGGCCAUCUUGCUCUAUCUGAGUAGAAAAUACAAUGCCCCUGACCACUGGUACCCUCAGGACCUACAGGCUCGAGCUCGUGUAGACGAGUACCUGUCUUGGCAGCAUACAGCCCUGCGGAGUUGUUGCACCAGAGCCAUGUGGCAGAAGAUGAUGUUUCCCAGGUUUCUGGGGCAGCCAGUACCCCCUGAGAUGUUGGCCUCCACUUUGGCAGAACUGGAUGGGUGCCUGCAGGUGCUGGAGGACAAAUUCCUGAGGGAUCAGGCCUUCCUCACAGGAUCCCAUAUCUCUGUGGCGGACUUGGUGGCCAUCACAGAGCUCAUGCAUCCUGUCAGUGCCGGCUGCAAAGUCUUCGAGGGCCGACCGAAACUGGCUGCGUGGCGUCAGCGUGUGGAAGAGGCAGUCGGGGAGAGCCUCUUUCAGGAGGCCCACGAGGUGAUCCUGAAGGCCAAAGAUAUUCCUCCUUUGAAGGACCCGACCUUGAAGGAGAAGCUGAAGCUCUCGGUGCAGAGCCUGUUGUACUGAGGGAACAGCCUGGAGGAUGAAACCAUCAAGGGAACCCCUGGGUGGUGGCCGUCUCUGCAGCUGUCACUAGGACAUGGAGUCUCUGGUCCACAAGUUCCUCUAGGCACCAGCAGGGUCCCUUCUGUGUGCCCACCCCACAUCCCAUCCCAUUAGCUCUCACAUCAGCCCUUACCUGACUUCCUGAAGGAGCUACAGGAAAACACCAGGGAAACACUUACCUGGCCACAUUCCUUUUCUUUUGAAACUUUUACACACUGCUGAGCCUUGUGCCACCCCCUCUCCUGCUCUCACACUGACCCCUGUGCCCUUGUGUUUUUUUUACCCAGUGUCCUUCGUGUGUGUGUCUGUGUACACCAUAUGACCCCUCAGUUCUGGCAGGCAGGAUCCGUGAUCCUUGCAUUGGGCACAUGUCACAGAUGGGGACAUAGUGAAAGGCCUUUGUCCUCUGAUGGUUCUCUUUCCUUGGGGAUGAUGCUGCUUGCCAUAGGUGGGGUACAGGGCUGGGUUCAUGAUGGUCCUUGCAGGGGUGGAAAUUUCUGGAUAUGUCCUGAUUUCCCAAAUUCUUGCUCCAAGCCUUCUAACCCUGAUUACUGUCUUCUGCAUGUCCGUGUUUCCUAAUUGUCAAGCUACUUUAUCUGUGCCACAGGACUUCUCUUAUGCUCAUUACUUAAUAAAUAAACUGUUAACAGAACAAGA